GUGGUACAUGCCAGCAAUCCCCUCCGUUUUAUAAAUCCUUCAUGGAGACUCCUUUCACAUUAUAAGGAGUGUGCGUAAAGCAAGACGUUCUCUUGACAGCUCACCAUAUAACAAACACAGAAGUAAAACGAGUUCAGCCUUUUUCACGCAGGCGCAUGCGUGGCAGCACUGGCGUCAUCGAGGUUUUAGGAUGUAGUAGGAUGUCCCAGUCAGUCUCCCAAUCCUACAGUACAGAGACCUGAAGUCUGAGUGAAGUGAAAAGGGAUAGAUAGUGAAAUAGAUGGACACGCGUAGUAGUACGGAUUGAAACAGGUAUUUGUCAACCAGGAACAACGUUCAAAAUAUACUUAUAUCCUAUACGGGAUCGACGCUGUACUUGUGUGUGAAGUGAAGCAUUAUAGUAGAUAAGGUGCUACGAAAUGUCAGGUGGAUGCAAAACACGGUGAUCACUGGACCGCGAGAACGUGUCCUCCGAGUGGCUCGCGAUUAAUUGGACCUGCUGUUUCGCGUGGAAGGUCAACUUGCGUCUCUGGCUGGUUUAACUGGAACUGACGAUCUGUCUCCAGAUUUCUCAGAAAUUGGAGCCAUUCUCGCAGAUUGAAGUAUGAGUAGCAGUACCCUACCGGGGACGUCGACCAUGGCCUCGGUGGUCAACAACGUGACAGCAACAACUGUCACAAGUGUUGUUACAGGUUUGACGACCGAGGAUACCAAGGAGGUUACGCCUAUCUUCUUACAAACGCGGGCUGCUCAGGGUAUCGCUGGAGCGUUUGUCUGGGUCGCAUUGUUUUUGACUUGCCAGCAGAUUUACCAGCACCUCAGGUGGUACACAAAUCCAGCAGAGCAACGGUGGAUUGUUAGGAUUCUAUUCAUUGUACCGAUUUAUGCUACCUACUCUUGGGUCUCCCUGUUAUUCUUUAACAGCGAAAGUUACUAUGUGUACUUCUUUACUGUACGUGACUGCUAUGAGGCAUUUGUCAUUUAUAAUUUCCUGUCUCUGUGUUACGAGUACCUGGGAGGUGAGGGUAACAUCAUGUCUGAGAUUCGAGGGAAACCCAUUCGUUCCAAUUGCCUAUAUGGUACCUGCUGCCUAGUGGGCAAGACCUACACCAUUGGUUUCCUACGAUUUUGCAAGCAGGCUACAUUACAAUUUUGUCUUGUGAAACCGGUUAUGGCUUUCGUUAUCAUAUUCCUUCAGGCCUUUGGCCAUUAUCGGGAUGGUGAUUGGUCUCCCGAUGGAGGAUACAUCUACAUUACUGUUAUUUAUAAUAUCAGUGUGUCUCUUGCUCUUUAUGGGCUCUUUCUAUUCUAUUUUGCUACAAGAGACCUACUCACACCUUUUGAGCCUGUCUUGAAAUUCUGCACUGUAAAGAGUGUCAUUUUCCUGUCAUUCUGGCAAGGUGUGCUGUUAGCCGUCUUAGAAAAGGCCAAUGUUAUCUCACCUGUCAUUAAUAGUCUUGGUCAAUCAACAAGUGCUGGUACCGUGUCGGCAGGAUAUCAAAAUUUUCUGAUAUGCAUUGAGAUGUUAUUUGCUGCUAUUGCAUUACGCUAUGCCUUCCCGUAUCAAGUAUAUUCAGCUGGCUGCGUUACUGACUCCAGAGGUCGUAGUGUCACCAUGCAGAGCAUCAGCAGCAGUCUUAAGGAAACGAUGAAUCCCAAGGAUAUUAUGACCGACGCUAUUCACAACUUUCACCCACAGUAUCAGCAGUAUACACAGUAUAGCUCUGGGGGCACCAAAGGUCAACGAGGGAUGCGGGUAUCCAGCUUCGAUCCGGACGAUCCGCAAAACAUGCCAGUACCGCCACCUCAGAGGCGCAACACAUCUCAUCAACGUGUCGCAACAAUCUCCCAAAACUAUAACGAGAAAACUAUGCUGUUGAGCAGCGACGACGAAUUUCAGUAAGUGAAAAGAAAGAGAGCCAAGAUUAUGGCAAGGAACAAAAGGCGAAAGAUCAUUAGAAAACUCGCCGAGCACGUAUGCCAGAAGUAUUUCUUUGAGGGGAAAAAAAUAGUUUUUUUUUACGGAUUCACGUGCAUUGUUUCACUUUGACGAUGAUUUGUGUGGGUGAGAGAAAAAAUUAAUGAAAAAGAAAAAAAUUAUGAAAGACGUCAUAGUUCACACAUGGCGUAAGCACGCUGUACCGUAUCGUAAUAGUUCCACGAUGUUAUAAUCAAGUUAAUAACUUACGUUGUAUGUUACAUUACAUAAGGAUAAUAUAGAAAAUAUUUAUUUUAAUAAUGCUCACGUGUUUAAAACGAACGUUACUCGUUGUAGACGUGGCGCCACCUACCUGCGCUUUUGUCUCUCUAAAAUGUCUGUUUAAGGAACAUGUUUGUAUUAUUUCUUUAGUUGUCGCUUCGUUACGAACUAGGAGAAAGAAUGGUCACAAUUUUACCUCAUCGUCUCAUCUAGUAUUGUCGAUUGUGGAUACAAAAUCCCGAUGGCUAUAACACAUUAGUGCGAGUAAAUACAAUGGGACGACAUUGACGUUGAUUUUGUUUUUGAACUUGAAUAAAAAUUUCAAAAUACUUUUAAUUCA